AUGGAGCUUUCACCUGUUUUAUCUACCAAGGAGAAGGCGGAAUCCUUCAGCGGCAAAUUUGAUCAUAACGAGGCCCCUUCAGGAUCCCCUCCCCGGACACAGUUCGGUGGGAAUAACGGAGCUGUUAACCUGCUGCAGUUCUCCAGGAAGAGGAGCUCAUGGGCUUUUUUCCCUAGUCUGUUGUCCGUGACAAUCGUCUCCUUGGCUGUUACCUACUGGGUGCUGCGCUGCUUCCACGGCCUUUCCUCCGGCCCGAGGGCGGAUGCAUUUUUCAGGGCACUGGCGGCCGGGGGGGGUGAGGAGUGUUUUUGGGCUCAAGACCAUUCUUCUGAUGAGGGGGAAGAAGAGCUACAGAGUUGGGGAGGUACAGAUUAUUUUCAAUGGCAUCCCGUGCUGAGUCCUGGAGAAGUCGGCAUAUGGAGUACGAGAGCGCCUGCCCCAGGAGGGCCGCUGGCGAUGCAUUCUGGAUAUCCCUCCACUCAGCCACAGGAGAUGAAUCUUCCCUUUCCAUAUGGCCGGGAUACUGCAGCUUCAGCCAUACCAGGGACCUCAGGGCAUCCGCAGCCAAUGAUUCGUGCAUAUCAACACUCCAUAGCUGCGGGGCAGGUUCCUGAGAACGGGCGUCAGCAGCCGGUACCAGCUGCAGGCAGGACUUCAGCAGAGGCCCUUGACGAUGAGAAUGAAGAUAGUGACUCUCAUCUUUGGUAUGGUCGGGGGAUGUCCGAAUCAGCGAAAGACCAGGCAAUGCACGUGCUCGAGUGGAUGCAGAGGAACGCAGACAUAUGCGCCAAUUUGUUACCUUCCCUUUCCCCUGAGCAGGGUUUGGUCCUUGCCUACACAGUGUUACAGGUGUUGACGUUGGACUUAGCUGCUGUUUCUCUCGUUCCUCAAGAACUCGAGAUCCAGAGGCGUAAAGCGGGUGAAGCUCUCGAAAAUCUUGUGUCGCAAGCCCUCACGUACGGCCGUGCGAAUGAAAAUCUCGCGCAAGUGCGCAAGGAUCUUUUUGCGAUGGAGCGACUGGUCCGUGUCGUCAAGAUGCCACGGCCCUGCACCGAAGACCCGUUUUCACCCAAACGCAAGUUCAAGACGUUGACGCUUCUUGCAGCAAUCAGGACUGUGGGCAAGUACAGCACUAAAGUCCUCACUCAUAUAGCAUCGCAUGCAAAGCGGUCCUCCAAAGAGGUCCUGGAGAUGGUUGUGAAAUCCCAACACCGCAUUCUGACUGCCCUGUGGGAGGAGCACAAGUAUCACAUUGUCAGGGACAAACUCCACCGUUUUUAUGCCGUAUGUUGCCAGAAGAAAGUAGGAGCUUGGCUUCUCAUUCCCCUGAGUGAAAUAAAAAGAACUCAUGAACCAAUCCCUGCGUAUAAGGUAUUGCUACGAAGACUUGAUAUGGCCGUAGAAAAUGCGGGAGGCGAGGUAUUGACUUCUGCAUUGACGGCAGGAACUGAUCAGAAGGGGACUGCUAGAGUUGGUAGUAGAGAUGCCCCCUCUGCAGAACGCAGUACAAGCGCAUGGGACGAAGCACAUGAGCCCAUGCCAAGUUACGGCAGAAAUGGGGAUUCACGCUCGCAGGGCCAGAUGGGCAUGCUGUCUCAACAGCGUGCACCGCCUGGUCCCUCAAUGCAGCGCUCUGCACGAACAGUCCAUGGUGGCUUUGAGAGAACGUAUCAAGAUGGCCAGCAGCCAGGUUUUCAACCCCCCGCCACGCGUUCUUCGGGUGUGCAGAGCCGAGAAGGGUUUGAUAUGUUCAUUUCUGGCAGUCCAUCAAGGCCCUGCACUCUGUACAGCAGCUUUCCACGAAUGCCAGCCCCAAUGUCACCUCCGCAGACGUUAGCUGGACAGCCUGACUUACGUACCUCGGCUAGAUUUUCGCUUGGCCUGCCCUUUAGAGGCGCGCCGCCUUCCCGGGAAUCCCCACGAAUGCCACCACUAUCUUCGUCCCACCGCAUCGGUCCAUCUGCCGCUUUUCCUGUUUCUUUGCCCCCCCCACGUAGUGAAAGCCGCCUGGGUUUGGGGGAUCUCGCCUUAACUCCGGCAGCUCCAAGUGACCAGGGGAACUUUUACAGCCUCUUCCAAGGGGGGCUUGGAGUUCCUCCUUGGCUUUCUUUGGGAUCGGUGAAUUGGCAUGCGCGAGCUCAAGAGGAAUCGCAAGACUCGGCUGAGCCACAAGAUUCUGUUCAGCCAAAAAAGAAUCCUUACAGCGACAGCUAG